AUGGAAGAUAAUGCUCACAAACAGUGCGAAUAUAGAACAUCACUACCAGUUGCCCAGUUUAGUCGUGGCGAUUUCUCCCUGUGGUCGGUGCUGAAGAAUUGUGUCGGAAAGGAACUGUCAAAGAUCACAAUGCCGGUGGUCUUCAAUGAACCGCUCUCCUUCCUCCAGAGGAUGCUGGAGUACCUGGAGUAUGCUCAUCUUCUAAGGAUGGCUUCAGAACAGACGGAUCCUGUUAAUCGUAUGGAGUAUAUUGCAGCGUUCGCAGUAAGCGCUCUAGCCUCAAAUUGGGAACGUCUGGGGAAGCCAUUUAAUCCACUCCUUGGGGAGACUUAUGAGCUGGAACGAACUGAGUUCAGAGCCGUCUGCGAACAGGUGUCACAUCAUCCCCCGGUAUCAGCAUUCCACGCCGAGAGCCCUCACUUCGUCUUCCACGGCUCUGUUCAUCCAAAACUUAAGUUCUGCGGAAAGAGUGUUGAGAUCCAACCAAAAGGACACGUCACUGUCGAAUUACCCAGAUGGGGUGAAGCCUACACCUGGACUAACGUCAACUGCUGCGUACACAACGUCAUAGUUGGCAAGCUCUGGAUUGAGCAAUACGGAGCUAUGGAGGUGACCUGUCACGGCGGGGCUGGCCUUAAAGCGAACCUCUGCUUCAAGCCAGCUGGAUUCAAUAACAGGGACCUGCAUAGAGUCGAUGGUUUCAUCGUCGAUCCGAGCAAAAAGCGCUUGAGAUACCUUUACGGAAAAUGGACACAAUAUAUCAAGUGCUGCUCAGCGGCUACAUACGAGCAAUGGGCGAAAGAACGCGGCGACGAAGCCAGCACUCAGCAGACACCUUCGCAUACUCCUAAGAAGGUCCUCGCCAAACUUAACAGUUUUAAAGUUGGGGCACUACGGUCUAUGUCCAUACAAGAUGCUGACGAACCAGAGACAUCUGAUGAAGUUCCAAAACCAGACGAGUCCUACAAUAUCGACAUUCCAGGGUCUGUUACAUUGUGGGAAGCUCGACCACGACCAAGCAGCAGUGCUCAGUACUACCAGUUCACCGAAUUUGCGAUGUCACUUAACGAGCUGGAACGUGACAUGAAAGGCCAGCUGUGUCCAACUGACAGUAGGCUUAGACCAGAUGUAAGGCUGCUAGAACAGGGAGACAUCGAUGGUGCAGCUGCUGAAAAGACCAGGCUUGAAGAGAAGCAGCGAGCUGCCAGGAAGAUGCUGAAGAAGGCACCAGAUGCUUGGCAACCGAGAUGGUUUAGUCAAGGCACAAACCCGUACACAAAACAAGAAGAUUGGCUUUACAAUGGCGGAUACUGGGAUAGAAAUUAUCAACACCUAAAGGACAUCGAUAUAUUUUAA